CCCCGUGGACAGUAUGACAAGCCUCCUCGAGGAGUCCCGAUGACGUGAUGCUGCAUUUGUUGCGCUGUCCUCUGCAGAGGACUGUAGUCUCUCUACGAUGGAGGGGGCUGCGCGCCCUUUACUCCACGGAGCCCCGCUCGCUUCAGGGCGAGGACACCACAGAGAUCCGCCUGAACCCCCUUAACAUCCAGAUGCUGUCCAGAAAUCUCCACGAGCAGGUCUUUCGAGGGCAGGAGCCAGAAUACAGAGAAGAAGAUGUCAAGCGCAGUAUCAGGCACUUGCAGAGACACCAGCUGUGGGGGAAGGAAGCGUCCCUGCUGCCUGAUGUUGAGCUCAAACUUCCACAAAUGUAUGGCAAAAACAUAGAUGAACACUUUCGUAUCUUAGCUCAGAAACAGAGCCUCCCCUAUCUGGAGGCUGCCAGCAAGCUGCAGCAAGCUGGCCUACCAGCCCUGCCUCAGGAAUGGAGCUGGGAGGUGGGAUGGACUCGGUAUGGGACUGAUGGAAGCUGUCAGAAAGUAGAUUUUCCAGAGGAAUCUGCUCUCGUGUUUGACGUGGAGGUGUGCACAACAGAGGGACAGUGUCCCACUCUGGCUGUUGCUGUGUCCCCAACCAACUGGUAUUCCUGGUGCAGUAAACGCCUGAUUGAGGAGCGAUACACCUGGUCAAACCAGCUGACCCUCGCUGACCUCAUCCCGCUAGAGACCCCGUUUAACUCUGCGCGCCCUCCAGGGGGUCAGUGGAAGGAAAGGCUCGUGGUGGGCCAUAACGUCAGCUUCGAUCGCUCUUUCAUUAAGGAGCAGUAUCUGCUAAAGGGAUCAAAGGUGCGCUUCAUGGACACAAUGAGCUUGCACAUGGCGAUCUCGGGGCUGACAGGCUUCCAGCGCACACUGUGGAUGGCCAACAAGUUGGGUAAAAAGAGGGGCGUUCAGGAGGUCAAAGCACAUCUCAAGAAAACUGGACAGAAAAGAGACGGACCAAUGGUAGGCUCCUGGGACUGGGUAAACAUCAGCAGCAUUAACAAUCUGGCUGACGUCCAUGCGCUGUAUGUGGGAGGGCCGCCGCUGCAGAAGGAAGCCCGAGACAUCUUUGUGAAGGGAAGCAUGACGGAUGUCAGGAACAACUUCCAGGAGUUAAUGAGGUAUUGCGCCAUGGACGUUCAAGCCACACAUGAGGUCUUCACUGAGCAGCUCCCCCUUUUCAUGGAGAGAUGUCCUCAUCCAGUGACGCUUGCUGGGAUGCUGGAGAUGGGUGUGAGUUACCUGCCAGUCAAUCAAAGCUGGAAACGAUACCUGGAAGAUUCUCAGGACGUUUAUGACGAGCUGGAGAGAGAGAUGAGGAAGUCUCUCAUGACUUUAGCAGACGAUGCCUGUCAGCUCCUUCAGGACGACAGAUACAAGGACGAUCCCUGGCUUUGGGAUCUGGAGUGGGAUGUGCAAGAGUUCAAGCAGAAGAAAGUUGCAACCAGCAAGAAGAAAAAUGCCAAAAAAGCAGCUGAAACGAAAACUGCUACUCCUCUCCCAGAGUGGGAAGAAGACCCAGGCCCACCCACCGAGGAGGAGAUGGCCGGCCCUGCCGCCAGCAGACUGGCCGUGGAUAAGCUGAAGGAGACGGUGAACCGACUUCCAAAGAGAAGACAGCAUCUGCCAGGACACCCAGGGUGGUAUCGUAAGCUGUGUGAGAAGAUGUCUGACGAGGAGAGCUGGUCGCCUGGAGCCAGCCUCAUCAGCCUGCAGAUGAGACUGACCCCCAAGCUGAUGGGCCUGACGUGGGACGGCUUCCCGCUGCAUUACACCGACAAACACGGGUGGGGGUAUCUGGUGCCUGGACGCAGGGAUAAUCUGAACCUGCAGGAGGAAAACACGGGGCCUGUCUGUCCACACAGAGCGAUUGAGAGUGUUUACAGAGAGUAUUGUGAGCAGAACAGUAAGGGACAGCCUGAAAAUCUGGACUCCAGCCCUGCAGAGGACCUCAACUGGACGGACAGCGCAGUGUGGCAGAAGGUGGAGGAGUUGAGCUCGGUGGAAAGUCUGGCAGAGGAAAAUGGAAUCAGAACGACGCAAAGUGUGCAGAAGAAGAAAAAGAUGCCUGAAGACCUUCAUCGUGUUGAGGACCAGAGUCACUGUCCUCAUCAUGGAAACGGACCUUACAAUGAUGUGGAUAUUCCAGGUUGCUGGUUUUUCAAAUUACCACAUAAGGAUGGUAAUCACAACAACGUCGGCAGCCCCUUCUCGAAAGACUUCCUGGCUAAGAUGGAGGACGGUACUUUGAGAGCAGGGAGGGGCGGGACCAACGCCACGCGAGCUCUGGAGAUCAACAAGAUGAUGUCCUUCUGGAGGAACGCCCACAAACGUAUUAGUUCUCAGAUGGUGCUGUGGCUCCGAAAGGGAGAGCUUCCUCGCAUCGUCAGCAGGCACAAAGAGUUUGACGAGGAGGGCCAGUACGGCGCCAUCCUACCUCAAGUGGUCACCGCUGGAACGGUGACGCGGCGAGCCGUGGAGCCAACAUGGCUGACUGCCAGCAACGCUCGGCGGGACCGGGUGGGCAGUGAGCUGAAGGCCAUGGUGCAGGUCCCGCCCGGAUAUCACCUGGUGGGAGCAGACGUGGACUCUCAGGAGCUGUGGAUCGCCGCCGUGCUCGGAGAGGCGCACUUCGCUGGCAUGCACGGCUGCACGGCGUUCGGCUGGAUGACCCUCCAAGGAAAGAAGAGUCAGGGCACAGACCUGCACAGCCGCACCGCGGACACCGUGGGCAUCAGCCGAGAGCACGCCAAGGUCUUCAAUUACGGCCGCAUCUACGGCGCCGGGCAGCCCUUCGCCGAGAGACUGCUCAUGCAGUUCAACCACCGCCUCAGUCAGACAGAAGCUGCCAGCAAGGCCCGGCAGAUGUACGCCUUAACAAAGGGUUUACGCAGAUAUCACCUGUCAGAGGAUGGCGAGUGGCUGGUCAGCGAGCUGGGUAUCGACGUGCAGAGGGAGGAAGAUGGGAGCAUCUCUCUAGAGGAACUGCGAAGGAUCUCAAGACUGGCCUCACAAAGCUCUCGGCGGAAGAGGUGGGACGUCGUCGGCAAACGGGUGUGGGCCGGAGGCACCGAGUCGGACAUGUUCAACAAACUGGAGAACAUCGCUCAUUCGGCUCAGCCGGCCACUCCUGUUCUGGGCUGUAGGAUCAGCAGAGCUCUGGAGCCCGGCGCCGUCAAAGACGAGUUCAUCACCAGCAGAGUCAACUGGGUCGUCCAGAGCUCCGCGGUCGACUACCUCCACCUGAUGCUGGUGGCCAUGAAGUGGCUCUUCGAGGAGCACAGCAUCGACGGCCGUUUCUGCAUCAGCAUCCACGACGAGGUGCGCUACCUGGUCCGCAGCGAGGACCGCUACCGAGCCGCUCUGGCGCUUCAGAUCACCAACCUGCUCACGAGGAGCAUAUUCGCUCACGCGUUGGGGAUGCAGGACCUGCCUCAGUCGGUGGCUUUCUUCAGUGCGGUUGACAUUGACCAGUGCUUGAGGAAGGAGGUCACCAUGGACUGCGUCUCUCCGUCCAAUCCCACCGGUAUGGAGCGGCGCUACGGCCUGCCACCCGGCGAGGCUUUGGACAUCUACCAAAUCAUCGGCAUCACCAGAGGAUCUCUGAACAAAGGAAGAUGAGAGGACGGCGGCAGGUCAACGUCAUGGAGAGGUUUCAGACGUGGGACUGCCGGGUGAACUCCCAGCUGCUUCGGCUCACUGCCUCCUCUUCUUGUGUUUGGGUUCCUGUGUCUCCUCGGCGUCCUGCGACUCCGCCGGCUGAGAAGUGGAGCGAGAAGUGAUCGGCUAUUAUCAAACUCAAACCAUGAGGAGAAAUAUUUUCACCAAAGGAGGAAAACACUUCCGACAGUGAAUUGGAGAACUGGGAAUUGGGAACUGACCUCCUGACUGUCGUCCUGCUCCCGCAGGGCGGCGUCCAGAGUAGCCGCGUUGAUGCGGAAAUCUCUGGAGGUGCUCAGCUUCAUGUACUGCAUCAGAUUAACCUGAACACACACAGACGGAAGUGUGAAACACCCGAUGACUCUGCAUGAGUAACGUACAGUUAAGUUUUAGCAGAAGCGGUUUGUGUGGUUUGGCUGACACCAACCUUGGCUUUCUUUGAGAGAGUGAUGAGAUACUUCUCAUACUGUUCGAUGCUGAAGAUCAAGUUGGGGAUGGCUUUGGUGUCACGCAGAAGUUUUGCCUGAAUGGGUUCAUUAAACAUAUCUG